AAAACCCGCGUUUUCUGCCCUCUCUAGAUUUCUCCUCCCAAUCGAACCCCACAAUCUCCCACUCCUAUUCUGCAUUCUCUUUCCCCAAAAUCUCUCUUUUUUUAGGUUUUCAGAAUCUGAAUUUUUCACCCAAAGCUAGAAACGAUGUUUCUGGGCUUGCGGGAAUGAGGAGCGGCACAAUGUGCACUGUAUUGGCUUGAUCUGGUUCCUUCUUCAACUGGUUUUGGCGUUGGAGUUUUGGAAAUGUUGAAACCUAGACUAGUAUGAGCCAGGCUGACGUAUCAAAGAUGAAGCCACCACUUGUUCCACUUGGGACCUUGAUUGGUCGUGAGCUGAGGAGUGAGAAGGCUGAGAAACCUUUUGUGAAGUAUGGACAGGCUGCUUUGGCAAAAAAAGGGGAGGAUUGUUUUCUGAUUAAACUUGAUUGUCAGAGGGUUCCUGGAAAUCCAGCAACUUCUUUUUCUGUGUUUGCGAUUUUUGAUGGGCAUAAUGGUAUAUCAGCUGCCAUUUUUGCAAAGGAGAACUUAUUGGACAAUGUCUUGAGUGCAAUUCCUCAGGGUGUUAGUAGGGAAGAGUGGCUUCAAGCCCUUCCCCGGGCUCUAGUAGCAGGCUUUGUGAAAACUGACAUAGAGUUUCAGCAAAGAGGUGAAACUUCUGGAACAACAGUGACAUUUGUUGUUAUUGAUGGUUGGACUGUGACUGUUGCAUCUGUUGGUGAUUCACGAUGCAUAUUGGAUACCCAAGGGGGUGUUGUUUCUCUCCUUACUGUAGAUCACAGGCUAGAGGAAAAUGUGGAAGAGAGGGAGCGUGUGACUGCAAGUGGGGGUGAAGUAGGAAGACUUAAUGUUUUUGGGGGCAAUGAGGUUGGUCCACUCCGUUGCUGGCCUGGUGGAUUAUGCUUGUCUAGGUCAAUUGGGGAUACUGAUGUUGGAGAAUUUAUUGUCCCUAUACCACAUGUCAAGCAAGUGAAGCUGUCAAAUGCUGGGGGAAGACUCAUUAUUGCUUCAGAUGGUAUCUGGGAUGCUCUGUCUUCGGACAUGGCAGCUAAGUCAUGUCGAGGUUUACCUGCUGAUCUCGCAGCAAAGCUUGUUGUUAAGGAGGCUUUGAGGACAAGGGGCCUGAAGGAUGAUACAACUUGCUUGGUUGUUGAUAUAAUCCCAUCCAACCAUCCUAUCCUACCACAAACACCAAGGAAGAAACAAAAUGUCCUUAGUUCAUUUCUCUUUGGGAAGAGAUCUCAAAAUGCUACAAACAAGACAACAAAUAAACUUUCUGCAGUUGGAGUUGUUGAGGAGUUGUUUGAAGAGGGUUCUGCCAUGCUUGCUGAAAGGUUAGGCAAGGAUUUUCCCAUUGAUGCAAACUCUGGACUCUUCAAAUGUGCAGUCUGCCAAGUGGAUCAGCCUCCAGCAGAUGGUUUAUCAGUAAACUCCGGGCCUUUUUUCUCACCUGCAUCAAAGCCCUGGGAAGGACCCUUUCUCUGCGCUACGUGCAGGAGAAAGAAAGAUGCCAUGGAAGGGAAAAGGCCAACCAGAACCACAGUGACCUCAUGACAACUUACCCAGUAACACAGUAUAUAGAUGUAUUUUUUUGUCUAGCUGUGUGAACAUGCUCGGUUUUUUGUUUGUUGGUUGUGAUUUGCAAUAGUUGCGUGUAAGAAAUGAGGUAGAGGUAGGGUAGGUGUGUUGCCAUCAUUUGUUUGUAAGAUUCCAGUUUGUGCUCGGCUGUUCUAUGACUGACCACAGACAAAGAUGCUCUCUAAUCUAUAUUUAUUAUAGUUUGAUUACUAACAGCUUAAAUUUGUAAGUAAACGUGAAGGUUGCAUAAUGAUAUAUGUAUUUCAGUAGUCUUUUCUGUAUUCUGUCAAAACUCAAGCUUCAAUGUUAUUUU